GGGGUUAAACCAGGGAGGAAGGCAGUUCAGGAGCAACAGCACAUCUGCAUCCAACAUGAGCAACACCAGCAUGAACAUGAGGGGCAAGAUCAUCUUCUAUGAGGACAGGAACUUCCAGGGUCGUUCCUAUGAGUGCAUGAACGACUGCUCUGACAUGACUUCCUACCUGAGCAGGUGCCACUCCUGCAGGGUGGAGAGCGGCUGCUUCAUGGUCUACGACCGUCCCAACUACAUGGGAAACCAGUGGUUCAUGAAGAGGGGCGAGUACGCUGACUACAUGAGCAUGAUGGGAUGGAGAGACUGCAUCAGGUCUUGCCGUAUGAUCCCCAUGCACAGAGGUCAGUUCAGGAUGAAGAUCUACGAGAGGGAGAACUUCAGUGGUCAGAGUUACGAGAUGAUGGACGACUGUGACAACAUCAUGGACCGUUACCGUAUGGCCGACUGCCAGUCCUGCCACGUGAUGGACGGCAACUGGCUGAUGUACGAGCAGCCCCACUACAGAGGCAGGAUGAUGUACAUGAGGCCCGGAGAGUACAGGAACUUCAGGGACAUGGGCAUGAGCGGCAUGAGGUGGAUGAGCAUGAGGCGCAUCAUGGACUCUUGCUAUUAA